GCGUCGCGGAGCGAGGCCAACUCUGAGAGCGCGCGGUCAGGCAUCCGCUAGGGGCAGCCCGCCGCUUCCUCCUGGCUGCUGGAGUGAUUCGGUUCCCCACGUGGUUCAGCUUGUCUGCUGGCUGGGAUCCGCUGGGCUCGGGGCGCAGUGGUAAUCUUUCACCAUGCAUCGGAAGAAAGUAGAUAACCGAAUCCGGAUUCUCAUUGAAAAUGGAGUCGCUGAACGGCAAAGGUCUUUGUUCAUUGUAGUUGGAGACCGAGGAAAGGAUCAGGUGGUCAUACUCCAUCACAUGUUGUCCAAAGCAACCGUGAAGGCUCGGCCUUCAGUGCUGUGGUGUUACAAGAAAGAGCUGGGGUUUAGCAGUCAUCGGAAGAAGAGAAUGCGACAGCUCCAGAAAAAAAUAAAGAAUGGGACACUGAACAUAAAGCAAGAUGACCCCUUUGAACUGUUCGUGGCGGCCACAAACAUUCGGUACUGCUACUACAAUGAGACCCACAAGAUCCUGGGCAACACUUUCGGCAUGUGCGUCCUCCAGGAUUUUGAAGCUUUAACUCCAAAUUUGCUGGCCAGAACUGUGGAAACAGUGGAAGGUGGUGGGCUGGUGGUCAUCCUCCUACGGACCAUGAAUUCACUGAAGCAGUUGUACACGAUGACCAUGGACGUGCAUUCAAGAUACAGGACUGAGGCCCAUCAGGAUGUGGUGGGAAGAUUUAAUGAGAGAUUUAUUCUCUCUCUGGCCUCUUGUAAGAAAUGUCUCGUCAUCGAUGACCAGCUCAGCAUCCUGCCCAUCUCCUCGCACGCUGCCAGUAUUGAGGCCCUACCUCCCCAGACCCCGGAUGAGAGUCUUGGUCCUUCUGACCUGGAGCUGAAGGAGUUAAAGGAGAGCUUGCAGGACACCCAGCCUGUGGGCGUGUUGGUGGAUUGCUGCAAGACCUUAGACCAGAGUGAGGCCUGA